AUGCGGACGAGUUUCAGAUUGCAAUUUAAAGAUAAAUAUUUCUCUGGUUGUAAGGAAGGCAAAACGGACAAGGAUGAAGAAAACUGCAAGAAAUUGAAUGAAUUUCUUAAUAACCCACCACCGCCUGGGUCAUCUGGAGGAAACAGAUCAAGUGGUCUACCCUCGGAAUUAGCCGCAAUGGGAGGAGAGGGUGGAUUGGGAGGCAUGUUAGGUAACAUGGAUCAACAGCAACUCAUGCAGUUGCUUGGAGGAAGAGGACUCAGUGCUUUAGGUGGACUUGGUGCUCUGAUUGGUGAAGGCAGACCUAACAGUGCUCAGUCAUCCACUUCUUCCACGCCAUCUAGAACACAGUCUGCAUUGGGGCAAACUCGGGCAAGUGGUGGGACAACUACAGCCGCUAGUAGUAGUGUUGGUGCUGGUACAAGUGGUAAUGAUAAGCCAGCCUCACAGCGACCGUCAACUGCAGCAGCUGCUCUCCCUACUCAAACACCGAAGCAACCCAUUCAGCUUAGUGAUCUGCAAAGUAUUCUUGGCAGUAUGAACUUACCAGCUGGACAGAGUAAUCAGUCUGAACAACGCCAGUCUUUGAGUAUUGAUUUAUCCCAAGCUAUCUCUGCUGACGUGAUGGCUCCCAUACUGACUAAUUCAGAAAUCCAGAAGCAAUUGAUGGAGCAUUUACCAGUUGGGGAGUCGUUACCUCGAGAUCCUGAGCAACUCUCUAGUACUCUGCAGUCACCUCAGUUUCAACAGGCAAUGAGUUUAUUUGGUAUGGCUUUACAGUCUGGUCAGCUGGGGCCAUUAAUGGGUCAGUUUGGUUUAAAUGCACAGGCUAUUGAUGCUGCAAACAAAGGAGAUUUAGAAGGUUUUGCCCGUGCCAUGCAAACUGUGAAGCCGGCAGAUAAAAAAGACAAAGAAAGCAGUGAUAAAGGGAAAAAUGAAAAAGACGACGAUGAAAGUAUGAGUGUAGAUUGACAUUCUACAAAAGUUCAUUACAUGUAACAGUUCAGUUCAAAACUGUUCUGAUUGAGUUAGUUAAUACAAUACAUUUUUUGGACACACAAAGCCUAUUAUUAAGUACUGUAAGUUAUAUUUAUUUGUUGUUGCAUUUGUGUGCCCAUGUCUAUUGAAGUUUUCUUGAUUAUCACAAAUGUCAAAAAUUAUCACCAAAUUGUUGAAUACACUUAUAUCACAGGUUCAUACUUGUAAUGUUCACAGCAAGAAUAGUCAUGUUUUUUUGUGAUAGUUAUGUUGCUCACCUAUGAUAAUUCACGUGCUAGUUCAAACAUAACUCAAUCGAUCUUGCAAAGUACCUGUAUAGCAUACAGUAGACAAUAUUACCCAAACAAAUGUAGUUCAGAAAAUUUAAUUUUCUUUUUCUCCACCCCUUAUUUUGUUUAAACAUUCACAUAUUUUCUGCUCUUUGUGAAUUAUUGUUCUGUUGAAUUUACAAGGAAUUUGGUGUAAUUUAAUGUUAUACAAUGUAAUACAAUGUACAACAUUAUGUGGUUAAUAAAUUUGUUUGCAUCAACUGCAACCAAUCAGACGAUAAAAUAAUUUA